UUGUGUACUGUUCGCUUGUCCCCGGCCGGUCCUGCCAGUCUUUCGAGUAUCUGCUUGUCUGUCGCUUGUUCAAAUCGGGGGAUGCUGUGUAAUUUUGAUUUCGCGUCCAGUCAUAUUUUGGUAUAGACAAACUUAAUCGAGAGUGUCUGUUUUAACAAUCUAGAUUAUCUGACCGCGACGUGAUGCGUUUUAAGAAUCUAUUGGCACAGCGUGGUUCGUACGAAUACCUGGCCCGAAGGAAUCACUGUUUGGCCGUAGGAUACACAAAUAUGUACUGCUAUAAAAAAAACCGGUUUCACCGUAACACCACUACAAGUUCACGUAGUGUCAUCGUGUCCAGUGAUUCGCCGCUGCAAAGUUCUGCACCCCUGGUAAGCUAUGACGUACCGGACGACGCGUGUCUUAGUAAAAUCACGCCGACCACACCUACCACACCUACAACGCCUACCACUCCGGUGACGAUCAAGCCGUUGAAUUCCGACUCCGCCACCGACACCGACACCGAGACGAUCGAGAAUGCCUUACCGAUCCCGCAGAUCGUUCUCCCGAUAUCGGAGCCCCAGACGAGGAUCGAGAAUCUCGGCCGAAAUGGAAUCGAUUCGGACCAAAGGAAGAAACCGCGCGGCCGACACGACGACGACUCAUGCGUGGUCGAUUGUAUAUAUUUCACGCAGCAGUGCUGCGAAUGCGUGAUAGUUUAACGGUCCAGAAGACCCUCGACGCGCAAAUUAAUCGAUCAUUCCACGAUCUCCCGUGAUCCUGAAAAUUCCAGUCGAGGAAUGGCUCAGAAGCUGCGAACAAACGCUUCCUUCCAGCGCUAAGAUAGAUUAUCACGUAUAUAAAUACUAAAGACUCCUCUCGAUUAUCGUCUGGCUUGUUCUAUACGAUUAUUGUCCAGGCAUCAUCCCCACCACUGAGGGGGAGGCCGUGGAUCCUGUCAAGCGCAAACUUUGUUGCCAGUUUCCGGCAAAAAAAGAAUCGACGAAGGUCUGAAGCAUUUCUUCCUAUAAUAUUAUUGUCCCGGCGCGGACCCGAGUUCGGAACAAUAAUCGAGAGGAGUCCAAAACAUCAUGUGACCUAUGACCAAUGGCGAUUGCCUUAUAAUUAGUUACGUCACACGUAAACAUUUAAGUACGUUUCAUGUUUGACAAAACAGGCGGAAUAUCGUGAAUUUCAUUCCAUUAGAGUUAUUGCGGAACGAGUAGUGAAUCUUGCUUACUGGUACGUUCCUUUGUUUCAUUUCGUUUAGUAAAUGAAAGUUAU